AUGGAUACUCAUUCUGAAGUGGACCCAUCGGUCAACGUAGAAGAGAUUUGCGCAGAAUAUUGGCACUUCCUGCUACCCCGUUUGGAUAUCCCGUACGCCCUGGAUCAGUAUCAUCGCUACAUGGAGUUUGCUCCUUUCCUUUUCGGAUCCUGCCCUCAGCUGCCUAAAUCGAUAAAAGUUGUACCGGUUAUCCAAGAAAUCGAGGAAAUCGAAGACAUCGAAAUGGAAACUGUAUCUGUGCUUCAGGUAGAAGACGUUGACGUCAAUGAGAACCAAAGUGACUUGCCGAAAGACCAACCCAAAGACUCACUGAACGUGAAAAUUUUUCCGGACGUUGUAGAGGAAACUGAGAGAAAUGACGCCGAGAACCCGCAGGAAAUCGAAAACAAAAUGAAACGAUUAAGUUUCGAGUCCUUCCGACUGCCAAAUACAACCGUACCAAAUCACUAUAAUCUGUUUUUGGAUAGCAACAUUCAUCUGAAUGACUUCGCCUUCACCGGAAGCGUCCAAAUCCAGUUGACUGUUAUGGAGAAUACACGGCAAAUUGUGCUACACAGUUCACGGAACCGAAUCAUCAAUGUGCAAAUGUUUAAUUCAGAACAGGUACCGGUGACGUUAGACAGUGUCGAACUGGACAACGAAAAGGAGUUUUUGGUUAUCAAUACCAGCUCCACUCUAAUGCAGUUUUACAUUUAUCAACUGGUGGUUGAAUUUUCCGGCGAUCUUCGGAACGAUAUGCUUGGUUUCUAUCGUUCAUCCUACGUAGAUGCUGAAGGAAUUGUUAGGUACAUUGCAGUAACUCAGUUUCAAGCCAGCAACGCUCGGAGUGCCUUUCCUUGCUUUGAUGAGCCAGGUAUUAGGGCUACGUUUUCGAUUAGCAUUGGCUGUGGACGGAAUUACGGAGUGACGUCCAAUAUGCCGAUAAUGGGAACAACGAUUCUACCAAACAAGAAAAAAAUAAGCAAUUUCGAAAUGACUCCGCGAAUGCCAGCCUAUCUGGUUGCAUUUAUGAUAAGUGACUUUAUUAGCAAUCGGACUACGCUGCAGGAACCAACGAAGCUGGAGAUGGGGAUUUUCGCACGAUCAACAGUUGCUUCCGGUGAGCUAAAGCUGGGUCUGCAGACAGGGGCCAAAGCUAUCCGAGCAAUCGAACAAUACUUCGAUCGUACCUACGACCUACCAAAAUUGGAUCAGGUGGCUGUUCCCGAUUUCUAUUUUGGUGCCAUGGAGAAUUGGGGCUUGGUAAAGUACGCUGAACCGUAUUUACUUUUUAAUGAGGAAACCGAAAGCAACAGACAGAAGGAAAAUGUCAUCACCAUAAUCACCCACGAGUUCGUUCAUCAAUUUUUCGGUAAUCUUGUAACUCCACGUUGGUGGACCGAUAUUUUCCUUAGUGAGGGCUUCGCAACACUGUACCAGUAUUACAUCGGAGCUGAGAUUGAACCCACAAUACGGUACAAAGAGAUGUUCGCUGUGGAAGCUUUGCAGACUGCUUUGUAUGUGGACAGUUGGUCAUCCACCAGACCACUUUCGUACUACGUGGAAAACGAUCCGAUGUCACAGUUCGAUGUUAUAGCGUAUCAGAAAGGUGCCAGCGUGUUCCGAAUGAUGAAUUAUGCCUUGGGGGAAUCUACUUUCCAGAGCGGUGUUCGACGGUAUUUGGAAGUGAACAAGGACAGUGCAGUGGAUCCGCUCGAUUUAUUCGACAGUCUACAGUAUGCAGCACAAAAUGCUGAAGCACUACCGAUUAACAAAACCGUGGCAAUGAUUAUGAGUCCCUGGGUGUAUCAGUCUGGUUAUCCCCUAGUGACAGUGCUGUACUCUAACGAUAAGUUUACUUUUGAGCAGAAACAUUUUUCAGAGGAACCCGAUUCCGAGCGAACUUGGUGGAUUCCGCUUAGCUUUGUGCUAAGUAUUGAGCCCGAUCGGGAUGAAACGCAAACUGUUGCCUGGAUUCCGCAGGACAGUAAGUAUUGGGAAAUAACAUGGAGUAUUCCCGACGAUGCUUACUUACUGGUAAAUCCACAUCAAACCGGAUAUUAUCGAGUGAAUUACGACAGCAAUCUGUGGAAUCGGUUGAUCAACCAACUGGGCAAGAAUCAUUCCGUCAUUCCGCCGGUUUCAAGAGCACAACUGAUCGACGAUUCGUUUAAAUUGGUACAAGCUGGAAUGCUCAACUUGAAUACCAGCUUCGAACUUUUUCAAUAUCUGGCAGCGGAAGUUGAUUACAUUCCAUGGUUUACAGCGUUCGCAAGCGACAAUCUGCAGUACAUCAACGAUGGCCUGGUGGCUGACGCGGACGGCUACCGGGCGUUUCAGAGAUUUCUGCUUCAUCUAACCGACAAGCUCUUCUGGCGUGUAGGAUUCGACGAAACAGCAAACGAACCACACGAAUAUCAACGCCUAAGGCCAACGGUAGUGGAGUGGAACUGCCGCAUGGGAUCGUACGUUUGCCGGGGUAAUGCUCGUCAGCUCAUGGUGUGGGAUUUGGAGGAAUAUAAACCACUUUCUUCCUACAUGAAACACAGUGUCUAUUGUGGCGGGCUUAUGGACGCAAAUUCGGCAGAUUUUAACGCCGUGCUGGAAGUCUACCGAGCUUCCACUGAUGCGGCGGAACGGACGACUUAUAUCUCUGCUCUUGGGUGCACUGAAAAUGAGGAAUUGUUAAGAUACUAUUUGUCUCUUACAUUGGAUGGCGUAAACGAAGACUGGGGGUUGAUUUUCCGAUCCGUAUACUCUAGAAACAAUAUCGGAUUUGAGGCGUUCCUUGACUGGCUUGCGGAAAAUCUUGACAGAGUCGCUGAAAUUUACAGCACAAAGAACGAAUUCAUUUCAAUUGGAUUGGAUAUUGAAUUGAGGUUGAAGUCGAUAGGCAAAUUUGAGGAGCUCAUUGGAUUGUUGCAAAAGUUCCAAAUUAAGAAAUAA